AAACGACGACGACGACGACGAGGAGAUUUACCUUCAAUUGAACAGCACGAAAUGGUGGCAAAAAAAAGGAUAGAAGCGAGGAUAACAGAUGCAGAAAAAGAAGGAAAUCGGUUUUUCUUCCCCCUUACACUUUCGAACCCCCUUGGAAGCCUUUGUUGAAACCAAAUACGCGCCAGGAUCCAUCUCUUGACGCUCUGCGCUCGUGCGGAGAGAAGCGUCUCUCUUCGGAACACGGAUACUUCCUAUUGUGUGCCAUGUUGUCCCGUUUCCCGAGGAACGCUGACGUUGUUUCGGCCGAAAAGGGCGGACGGACGGACACUUUGGCGGGGAGCUGACAGCGUUUUGACUAUUUUAUACAAUUCGUUGCCGUCUCGUUGUUCCAUAUGUGUCAGCACCAGCACCGGUGCGGGACCACACGGCUGCUACGGCUGUGUGGCGGGAAUAUGGUUUCCUCUUUCCCUCUUGAUGUUGAGAUGUAUGUACCGUUCGCCAACUUAGAUGCUGCUGCGGUAAGAAGUCCGUCCUUAGGCAAACAUCACGGUGUACAUCAGAGAAGACGCACGAGAGACGCACGCAUAGGCAGAACAUGUACGUUCACGGUGUGUCCCCUUGUUUGCAUGAGUGUGUCUGUAUUUGCGUGUCUAGUGAGACCCAAAAACCGUUUCACGAAGCGCCGGUCGGUGGUCGGUGGCCGGUGUUUCUACCACCCCAAUCGUCUACCCAUCCUUACCUCACCAUGGUGUGUUCCUGACGUUGUCUUUCGUGUAGCCCAAUAUAGGAUAGGAGAAGGUACUACUAGCCAGAGAGAGAGAGAGAGAGAGAGAGAGAAAGAGAGUUAGGGAACGAGGAGCUUCUUGGCUGCUGUGCUUGUAGUUUUCAAGAUUGUAAAACGAGAGCGGCUGCCUGUCCUUACCACCAGCUCAUUAUCAUCGUGAAUCGCAGUCUCUUCCAUGCAUACAGCACUACUAGAACCUGCGCACAUUGACAAUUGCAACAUUACACGCUUCUUUUGCAGUCGAUUGCGGUGGCUUCAUGGCAUUAAUUUGCUGUGGACAGUAGUUGCCAAUCCUUCUUCAAUCCCAACACUUUGUAGCCUCUGAAUGAUUGUAACAACGGCAUGAUGUGAUGCACGCCAGGUCAUUGGGAUUUCUUUAAAUCAUCAAAUCAUCUCAAAGUCAAUAGUCAUUGGAACUUAAGAAGGGCGGACCACAAAGGCGCGGUAGAGAAAGGGAACAAAAGGAACGGUUUGCUUUAAGAUGGCUAUCAUCUCAAUGAUGUAUCUAUAUGUAUCUCGAUGAUCUCGCAAUGGGUUUCUUCCUCUUACCGUCAUCGCUUGCACGCGUACAAGAGCGAGGGAAGUCGGGCGUGCAUGAUCCUAACACACAAUGCGUGAUGUGAGGUAUCAUGCAUCAAUGUUCAUAUUCUUCUCAUCAUCACCAUCAUCUUCAUCGUGCUCCGCGGGUGCUGGGAGAAAAGUGUUAAGAAUCCAAUUCAUUUCCGCCAUCACGCGAAUCACACGCUCACGCACCCACACACGUACAGAUAUAACAGAUACGCGUACAUCACACGGGCAAUUAGGGAUCGUGUUUUAAUUGCUCAGCGCAUCCAGAUCACCUCUAACAUAUUUCAAUUAUCCCAACCGUUUGGAAUAGAAUCAAUCAGCAGGCUAUAUUUAUGUAUUGGGAUGUAUCAGAAGCAUUUUCUUCCUCACGACUCAUCUCACCUUACUCGCAGGGAAAGUCAACUUUGAAUUGUUGUGUGUUUGUAAGAAGAAUACCAUCCCCAGAACUACCCGCAACAGACAACAAUGCGCCCCCAGUGAGAAGGAAUUAUGCGAAUAUGGUUUGUUAAAGUGGUUAGCUAUUUUGAUUUUUGAUGAUUUCGUAAACCUCUUAAGCCCCAAAUGGUACCACCAUCCAGUGUAUAGAAUGUAUGUUUGGUAUCAUUCGCCGUUGAAUGUAGGCAUUAAUAUGUUAGAUAUUAUUUUAGAUUAUGAAACGGAAAACGCUCCCGAAUGGUGGUUUACUUAGAAUCCAGAAUGAAGAAUACGUGGCUCGAUGUCGGAGGUUUGAUCGUAGGAGAAACAUAAAAUUAACAUACAGCAUAAAAAAGGUCAUCGAGGGGCUCUUGGAUUGAAAAAAAAAUGCUAGUAACACCACAGCAUGAUGUGAUGCCUUCUCGUUUCAUGAUCAUCAUUAAUUGGAUAAUGUAUUUUAGGGAUAGAAAAGCUAAUGUCCUUACCCGGUUAGCAAUUCGUUGAUGAUCUCGGAAUCGGAAGAUGCUCAAGAUGCUUCAAGAUCUGGCACUGUAUUCUGGAAAGGAUUAUCAGGAAAGCUGUAAACUGCUGAGAAGCUAAAUCGAGAGUUUAGUAAGGGGAAUUGAUCCGAUCAAUCGAUGGUAUAAAACUGAUGUCUGAGUUCUGGAUUCUAAAUUAAUCGAUUGCGGUUGUGUAGUGAUCACUGCGCCUCUCGAGGGCCUGGCAAAAAGAAGUUUCACGCCCUAGAUCACUAACCGAUGUUACUUUUUUUAGUUCACUAAACGCGUUUCAGAGCCACAGCAGUUGGUGAAACUUUGGCGGAAGGGAAAUCGAAUUUGAGCAAUCAUCACUACACUUCCCCUCGUUGCGUUGUGUUGUGUAUGCACAUAGAGAACAUUGUAGAUUAAUAUAUGUAACUUAACCAAUGUAUUUAUCGCAUAUCUCCCUAUAUGUGGAUCACCCGACUCCCAUUGUGUACCGUUAUCUCAUCCUACCACCAAAUGCAUUAUCGUUCGCUCGACAUCCCUUCCUGGGGCCGUUCUCAAUUUCAAGAAGAUCGCACUCAUAAUCGUCAUCAGAGAGAAAGAGAGAAAAAGGGUGCAACCGAAACAAACCAAACAAAAUUACCCGCAAAACGGGCUCAUCAUCUUAUAAUCACAUCCCCUCAUGUAACUAUCCUAAUGUGGCGACGACCAAAAAAGAGUGGCUGCCCCUUUCCAAUUUUGUGAGCGAUCUUCGAAAUGAAGAAAAAACGCUUCUAAACUUCCCGGUUAUGCAGCUUACAGCCAGCACCAACCGGGUUUGGUUGGAUGGUUUUAUAAGACAGUGUAUUUAGUAGUAAGACCGAAUGCCCAGCUAACGGGCGAAUGGUGGCAAACACUAUACAACUUAUCACAAUGAUGGAGGAAGGCUGGCAACAAUGACGAAACAGUACGAGAUUGGACAGACGUAGACGUAGUGGUGGUAAAUUAUAAAUCGUAAAGAAAAUGUACUUUUGAUAACAAUAACCUUUGUUCUGGACAACAGAAUCAAUCUCUUAGCGGCGAAUGGCUCUUCAACCCAGGAGCUUCUAGUGUGUAUGUGUGUGUGGCCUAUGUGUGUGUGCGUGUGUGUGUGGGUGUAGUCAGUAGAUGAGAUGCAGCAAAGGGAAUUGUCGAGGCCGCUGCUGUCGCGCCUGCAUAGCAAGCAAUCGGAAUCGGAUGAAAGAGAAACAUAUGAUUAAGUAAAGCAGAAGAAGAAGAAGAAGAAGAAAAAGGGUGCAAGUUUGUAGAAAAGUAUGUUACUCUAUACCCCUCAUCCACAAGUGCGGUCGAGGGCCAGCGCGGGCCACUUAUGAACCACGGCAUAACGUGUACGUAGUAGACCAACAAUAAGCUCUAGUAGAUAUCGAAUGUAAGACAAAUCACACAACCACACCGCACACAUCUCUUCACGAAUGCCACCAUUUGUAAAUCACACAUAAGGACAUGGAACGGACAUGGGACACAUACACCCACACGCAUACACAUUAGGGCAGAGAGAGAGGCGGAAUGUUUAGAAUAUUGAGUGGUUAAAGGAGUUUGAUCGAAGAAUAAAAAUAGUGUUACGCAGGGAAGUAAAAGGAGUUGGUGCCGCUAAGAGCGUGCCCAAGGAAGAGAAGGCGUCGAAGAUGAUUGGCAAAACAAAACUACAAAAACGGAAGGCGGGGGGCGACCCAUGAUUUGCGGCGAAAGAUGAUAAGAGAUUAAUGGUUAAUGAAGAAGGCACGACGAGCGUGCGUAGUGUAGUAGUAGCGUGCAGUAGUAGUUGAAGGCGGCGGAUGGCUAGUAAUGACCUAGGAGGACUAAGAGGAGAAUGGCCGCACCGGCAGGCUGGCUGGUUGGGGUGGUGAACCUUCCGGAAGAUGAGAAGCUCAUACCGAAAAUAAAUUGCGCGAAAGAGAGUGGUGUGUGGAUAUCAAUUCACAUGAGAACCAAGUGAAACC